CUUAAGCUGCUUUGCAAAAGUUGCAAAACAGGAAUAUCAUUUAUAUUUCAAUAAAAUUACAAAAUACAAAUUUAUAUUUUUACAUAUUUCAUUAUUUUCCUCCGAAACAUUAUUGAAAAGGUAUAUAUCUCUUUAAAACUGUUAAAUCGUCUAUUUAUUUAAUAAAAUUUAUAGUUGAUAUGGACGAUCCUUUCAUCUCCUGCCCGUACGAGCCUAACCAUCGGGUUCCGCGUUCCCGCAUCCAAGGUCACAUUGUAAAAUGCCAGAAGAACUACCCGGAGCUUGCUAUAUGCCCGUUCAACGCUACUCACCGGUAUCCGGCGGCUCAAAUAAAACACCAUGUUGCUAACUGUCCUACAAAGCAGGCUAUGUUCCCUGAAGAUGUUCCAGCAAAGGCUGCUGGAGCCCUGACGAAGCCAAAGCCGAUAUUGCAAAAGGAAUAUUUACCGGAGACAGACCCUAAUCAUGAGAUUUGGGACAAUUAAUGUGCCAUUUUUUUAUUUCGGUGGGACCAGUGUCUUAAAAAUAAGGUAAUGUUAUUAAAAAAAUAUGUUAUUCAGGGUAUAAAAUGAGUGAUUUUAUGGGUUAUGAUUUCUGAAUUCAACUACACUUUACAUCUGAUUCUGGUCAGGUCACACAGUCAAGAUAUUUGUCAUACCUUUAACAUUGUAGAUCUGACAAUAAUUUUAUUAGUAUCUGAGCAGAUAGUCACACCAAUUUUUUUUUUGUACAGAUGGUGUUAUUUUUACGCACUAGUGCGAGAAGUGAUUCAUUACUUGUCAGGUUGAAACUAUUGAGGGCCAUUUGUACUGAAAAACGUAGUACGAUACACGUGCUAAAAGGAAAUUCGUAAUUCGUGUCGGGAGUGUUUUAAUUUAUCGCCACUCGUUUUGAACUUCCUUUUUUACGCACUUGUAUCGUAUGUACUAUUUCGGUGCAGAUGGUGUUUUUAUUACGCACUAGUACGAGAAGUGGUUCGUUUCUCGUCAGACCGAAGCUUCGGAGGGCCAUCUGUACUGGCAAACGUCGUAUGAUGCACGUGCGAAAAGGAAAUUUGUAACUCGUGUCGAUUUAAAUUUAAAACACUCCCUUUGGUCGCACUUGUAUCAUAAUGUACUAUUGUUAUGAUUGUAUAAAUAGAUUUAUCAAUUAUUUAACUCGAAAGAGUAUAAAAAUGUUGUUUUAUAUGUGGCAUUUUUAGGAAAAAGGUACCAUUGUAGCUUAAGCAUAAGGAAGGGUCCUUAUGCUUAAGCGAGGGGGGUAACAGAUGAUUUGUAUAACAUUACAGGCGUAUUUCAGCUUUAUGGUAAGUUACAAUGUGGUAACUUUUACUAGAGAAUGUCGCAUAUAACUUAUAGACGGUCAAACAAAUCUUGUCGCUAAAAAAAUGCGGCAAAUGUUUCUUAAGAUGCAAGGUAGGGGCAAAGGUUUUCCCAUAGAACAUUUGAAUUUCGCGCCAUUUUUUUAAUAGACUAUUUCCUCUAGUCUUACCGCGUAGUUUUACCAGUUGACACACACACAUACAUACACAUACAAUCACGCCUGUCAUAAAGGGGUAAGCAGAGCACAUGAACUACUAAAGUUUCAGUGCCACUCUUGGUAAAAAGGGGUUGAUAGAAAUCAAAAUUGUGCUAUUUCCAAUUGUUACCAGUUGAACCACUGGGAAUGUUUUUCCCAAUAUACUUACUGAUAGAAAGGGCUAGGCGAUAGGUAUAUAGGUAGGUUAGGUUUGUUAGAUACUUAUAGAUGCCCAAAGGGCAUCUAGAAAUAGGAGCCCCGUGCGUGGGGCUCCGUCGAAACAGUUGUCGCGUCUGGUUUCGUAAAAAAAAGCUAAGUCUUACAAUCGAGUAAGAGAUAUUGGGAAGAAAAUUCCCAAUGGUUCAAACCUGGUAAAACUACUCACUCGGUAAGACACUGGUCCCACCGCGAGCUAGUUAACUAUGAGCUAUCGGCUAUAAAAAUGAACAAAAGAUAAGCACUCCCGUGCAAAUAAAAGAGACACGGCUAUUUUGAUAGCUCACCGCUGGGCGAGUAACUAUAAACAUCGCCGUGUCUCUUUCAUUUACACGGAAGUGAUUAUCUUUUGUUCGUUUUUAUAGCCGAUAGCUCAUAGUUUACUAGCUCGCGGUGGGACUAGUGCCUAAGCCUACAGGGAAUAGGUAUUUUUAUUUAGUGCUAAGAUUUGGUUAACCGUUUAAACUAGGGGUGUACCGUGUCUUUAAAAUGAACUUCCAAUAUUAUCUAAGCUAACGUGUACAUAGCUAUAAGUGACAUGUAUUCUAUGUGAUUAAGAAUUACAUUUUGUUUUAAAUAUUCAA